AUGGAAAGUGAAAGUUCUUCACCAACUUGUACUAGGUGCAAGUGCAUUCGACUACUUGAAGAUUUUAUCGUUAAAAAUGAUAUUUUGGCUCAAAAGGAAAACCUUAUUAAUCUUUCUGAUGUUACGGAUUUUAUCUAUUAUGCUCUCUUGAAAUAUAAUAGCUUAAAUGAUAACCUUGAAGGACAAGCCCGUUUUCAACUUCAAUUUUAUAUCGACCUUGAUUCCAUUUAUGAAAAUAUUCCAACUGAUAUUGUACUAAAGGAAAAAAAUUCAUAUAUCACUGAUUUAAUAAUUAACAAAAUUAUUUUGUUAGUUUUAAAUGAAACAUCUCAAGAAAAUAUAAGCAAGUUAAAAUCAGGUUAUCAACUUGCUAAUAAAGAUGUUCGCAUAUAUAUAAAAAACCUUAUUACAAAGCAUUUUAAUCGACAUAUUUUGAUUCCAAAAGAAGAUGGUUCAUUUAUAAAUGAUCAGCAUAUAAUUUGGAUUGAAUAUGUUACUGAAAUGUAUCAAUAUUGUCUUGUAUCUGUGGACUAUAUGUUACAUUCCGAGAGAAGCUAUCUUGAGAUACUUGCUGAUCUGAAACAUUUGGGUUGCUCUCAUACUAAGAGCCAAGACUAUUCCACUGUUCUCCAAAACCAACAGGACCAGAUCCGAUUGCCUGAAAAGGAGCCUGAUGCCACACUGGUUGUACAAAUGGUUGAGGCUGAACCAACGUAG